UAAGGUUAAGUUGUUUGAGUUUCUUUUUUUGUUAAUUUUCAUGUUUAUUAGAUUUGUGGAAUUUGGUUUUGUGGGUGUUAUUUGAUUAUUUUCCAAGUAGUGGGUUUUGUGCAAAAGCAAUGUCAGUUUCAGCUGCAAUGGCUCCAAUUAAGAAACCAUCUGUUAAAGUUGGAAAAUUUGUUCGAUUUAUCUUGAUUUCAGUCAUUUUGAUAUCUGUACUUUUAUGGUCUGUCUCACUGAUUAGAACUAAUUUUGGAACAAAUUAUGCAACUGGGUCUGAUGAGAAUGUAUACAAACAAUUACCUUUGGCCUCUUUUCAUAGACGUCGAAACAUCGAAUUUCCGAAACAGAAUGAACUGUCGAAAUAUUUGGAGGAACGGAACCGUUUGCCUCCAAGGAACUUGGAUCUGUAUCCGUAUCUACCCAAGGAUCAUGUCGUGAUCGUGUUGUAUGUUCAUAAUAGGCCACAAUAUCUCAAAGUAGUUGUUGAGAGCUUGUCUCAUGUUGAGAGGAUAAAGGAGACCUUACUUAUAGUUAGUCAUGAUGGGUAUUUUGAAGAGAUGAAUAAGAUUGUGGAAGGCAUUAAAUUCUGUCGGGUUAAGCAGAUAUAUGCACCGUAUUCUCCACAUAUAUUUCCUGAUAGAUUCCCUGGUGUUUCUCCUCUAGAUUGUAAGGGUAAGGAUGAUGCAAGUGAAAAGAAGUGUGCAGGCAACCCUGAUCAGUAUGGGAACCAUCGGUCUCCGAAGAUUGUCUCUUUGAAGCAUCAUUGGUGGUGGAUGAUGAACACGGUGUGGGAUGGAUUGAAGGAGACUAAAGAUCACUUAGGUUAUAUUCUCUUCAUUGAAGAAGACCACUUUAUUCUUCCAAAUGCUUAUAGGAAUCUCCAGUCGCUUAUAAAGCUGAAACCUGAAAAGUGUUCAAGCUGCUAUGCAGUUAAUUUGGCUCCGUGGGAUGUGAAAUCUAGAGGAGAAGGUAUUUCAUCAUUGGUUGCAGAGAGGAUGGGGAAUAUUGGGUACUCGUUUAAUCGAACUGUUUGGAAGAGAAUCCACAACAAGGCUGAAGAGUUUUGUUUAUUUGAUGAGUACAAUUGGGACAUAACAAUGUGGUCUGAGGUCUACCCUUCAUUUGGAAGUCCUGUAUAUACAUUACGAGGACCUAGAAGUAGUGCCGUUCACUUUGGAAAAUGUGGGCUGCAUCAAGGCCAAGGGGACAUAGAUGCUUGUAUCGAUGAUGGUUCUGUCAACAUUGAUGUACAGAAUGAUGACAGAGUCAUGAACAUUAACUCACAGUGGGAUGUUUUUUUCUAUGACCAUCAAGCAGGAUAUAAAGCUGGAUUUAAAGGUUGGGGGGGCUGGGGAGAUACAAGGGACCAUCAGCUAUGCCUGAAUUUUGCUUCCAUGUAUCAUAACGACUAACAAGUUCAUCCAUAGUUUUGAAGUAAAAGAGUUGUUAUACCUUAUAUUACUCUCCCACUUUAGAUGCUUGUGCUGUUCUGCCAAUUUAACACAACAAUCUCGGUCAAUCACUCUCUUCUGUGACAUUGUAAGAGUAUCUCUUAUGUUCAUUUACAGCGUGUUCUUUUGGGCAGUUGCCAGUUGUGAUGGUGCUUUCAUCAUUACUUUUUACUUGUAUACUUCUUUGUCUCUUUCUUUUAGUUAAUUUUUUUUGUUGAAUAGAGCCUUUUGUAUUUAGAUUUAUCAUAGAAUCAUCUUGAAUACAAUUACCUUAUUGGAUUCGCUCA